AUGUCGUCAGAAGAGUUGUCCCUCCCUCGUCUCCCUGCCGUCUCUUGGGACGAGCAAUCGCAGACGUUUAGUAACAACCCACGGAAACGCGUCCGCAAUGCUGCUUCAAAGCACGCGCCAUCCUCUGCCUUCAACAACUCAAGCGAUCCCGCCAUAUUUUCUAGUGACGAUGAUCCCGCACUGGACAAUUAUGUAGAAGGGAGACGCAAGAAGAGAUACGUUGGUUCUUGGUUCCAGCAGCAUCCCACUUCUUCCGACUCAACCUUCAGUGAAAUUCACGUCCCUAAGCAGAGACGUCCUUGGACGCGACAGGCGGACAGUGGUGUCUUUCUUGGAAGCGAUGGAAAUGAGAGCGACGAGAUGUUGGAACCUGUACUCGAAGAACCCAAACCCAGACUUCCCCAGCUUGAUCUCGCUGUGCGCCGCGUCUCAAGAGCCGAGCAAGUCGCACGCGACAAGGUUCGCGCCUGUCUCGAAGCGGGGGAAGAGACAAUUGAUUUUUGGUCAAUGGGACUGGAAGACGUCUCCAACGAUACCAUCAGUCCUUUGUCGCAGUUUGCCUGCAUUCCCAUUGUUACCAAGGAUGUUGCUUUUGAGCAGAAGGAUCCAGAGCUCAAGAUCUACAUGGCCCAGAACCGAUUGGCGCGGGUCCCUGGCGCGAUCUUUGACCUGACAUAUCUCACAAUUCUCAGUCUUCGUCACAACAAGCUCACUGAGCUUCCUCCCGCUAUUGCCAAGCUUCGUCAUCUCAAGGAGUUGAACGUAUCACAAAACCGUUUGAGGCAUCUGCCGGUGGAGUUGCUAGAUCUCUUUGCAUCAGACAGCAAGCUUGACACACUUGUCGUUCACCCCAAUCCUUUCUGGCAGCCUGACGAGAAUCUGGAACAGACCGAGAACCAGCCUGACAAUAUGCUGUUCUCAUACACAGAGUCAGAACCUUCGUCGACACCACAUCUGGUGAGCCGUGCGCUGGGCAGAACUCCUCUACAGUUAUCGGAUACCACGGGAAGGAUUUUUUCGAGCUUCAAGUUCCCAACAGACCAUAGAAAACUCAUCCUUCCUGUCGACGACGGAGAACCCGAGUUUUCACCAUCGUCUUCCGUGUCUUCCAUGACAGAGUCACAACGUCUUGAAGGCGCAAGCCAUGUGCCAAGUUUACUCGAGACCGCCCUUCGAGCUUGCUACUCCAGUACACAACUUUCAGAGAUGCCAUAUUACAUUCCGGAAGGACUGAAUCAUCUCAGAAAGCUUCUCGAAAGAGCACAGCGGCAAAAGGAAGCUGGCGGACUAACCUGCUCAAAGUGCCGGAAGUUAAUGGUCAUCCCAACCGCCGAGUGGGUUGAAUGGCGAGAAGUCCGAACUUGCAAAGAGAUCAAGCAAGAGAACUCAUCUGUCGUGCGGAUGACACCGCUAAGUAUGGCAGAGGGUGAGAAGACUGUGCCGUUUAUCUAUCGCGGAUGCUCAUGGCGAUGCGGGCCAGGAGAGAUAGACAAGGACAAUUGGGGUCUGCCAAAUGGGAAUCUCGUCCCAGUAGUAGACGAGUAA